CAUCCCUUCCCCCCCACAAUGCAGUUCGCGGCGCGGCGGACAUGGCGGUGGAGUCUUGAGCUCGUCGUGUCCCGGCCUCCAGCGGCGGCGGCAGUGACGGCGGCGGCGGCAGCGGGAGGCGGCGGGGGGAGCGGGAGCCACUGAGAUGAGGAGGCGCCGCGCGCGCCUGUAGCUCGCGGGCCUCGCAGUUUGUUUGCCUAAUCUGGACUUGAAGCAAUUCAGCUACUGGGAAUCUGCCAUUUAACAAUAUUGCAAUUGGAAAGAAGCAGGUUUUCAAAUAAUGGAAGACUCUAAGACCUCUAAAAAUGAAAAUCAUGAACCAAAGAAGAAUGCUUGGGCUCUUUCUGAAGAAAGCAAAGCAGUUAAAGUUAUAUCUAAUCAGACUUUGAAAGCUAGAAAUGAUAAAUCCAUAAAAGAAAUUGGGACCAGCUCUCCAAAUAAGAAUAGUAGUAAAAAAAAUAAGCAAAAUGAUAUUUGUAUAGAAAAAACAGAAGUUAAAUCAUGUAAAAUAAAUGCUGCCAACAUAGCAAGCCCUAGAGAUUUGGGAUUAGUCCUUCGAGAUCAAAGUCAUUGCAAAACAAAAAAAUCACCUAAUUCACCGGUGAAAGCAGAAAAGGUACCAGUUUCACAAGCAAAAGCAGAAAAAUCACCAAAGUCCCCUAAUUCACCAGUGAAAACAGAAAAGACACCCAGCUCACAGGUGACAGCAACAGAAAAGGCACUUAGUUCGCAGAGGAAAAUGGAAAAAGGACCCAGUUCUCAGAUGAAAUCAGAAAAGGUCCCUGGUUCACCAGCAGAACCAGAGAGGGCUCCCAGUUUACUGUUGAAGGAAAACAUGCGACGGACAGAAUUACAACAGAUUGGAAAAAUAAUUCCAAGCUCUUUUACGUCUCUGGACAAAGUGAAUAUUGAUAUAGAGGGAGGAAAAUCUGCUUUGGAAAACUCACCAGGAUCUCAGAAGCAACAAGCAUGUACAGAUAAUACUGUUGAUUCUGAUGAUAGUGCUUCAGGAAUUGAAGACAUAUCGGAUGAUUUGAGUAAAAUGAAGAAUGAUGACUCUAAUAAAGAAAAUUCUUCAGAGAUGGACUAUUUAGAAAAUGCUACUGUGAUAGAUGAAUCUGCAUUGACACCUGAGCAGAGGCUAGGCUUGAAACAAGCAGAAGAACGCUUAGAAAGAGAUCACAUCUUUCGACUUGAAAAACGCUCACCAGAAUAUACCAAUUGCCGAUAUCUAUGCAAACUUUGCUUAAUUCACAUAGAAAACAUCCAGGGAGCUCAUAAACAUAUAAAGGAGAAACGACAUAAGAAAAAUAUUUUGGAAAAACAGGAAGAAAGUGAGCUUCGUUCUCUGCCACCUCCUACCCCUGCCCAGCUGGCUGCUUUAAGUGUUGCAGUUAUUGAAUUAGCAAAAGAACAUGGAAUAACAGAUGAUGACCUCAGAGUCCGUCAGGAAAUUGUGGAGGAAAUGUCAAAGGUGAUAACAACAUUUUUAUCAGAGUGUUCACUUAGGUUGUAUGGCUCAUCUCUGACUAAGUUUGCUCUGAAAAAUAGUGAUGUUAAUAUAGAUAUAAAAUUUCCUCCCAGGAUGAAUCAUCCAGAUCUUCUGAUACAAGUGCUUGGGAUUUUAAAAAAAAGUGUAUUAUAUAUAGAUGUGGAAUCUGAUUUUCACGCCAAAGUUCCUGUUGUGGUGUGCAAAGAUCGGAAAAGUGGUUUGCUUUGUAGAGUGAGUGCAGGAAAUGAUAUGGCAUGCCUCACUACUGAUUUACUUGCUGCUCUUGGCAAGUUGGAACCUGUCUUUACUCCCUUGGUGUUAGCCUUUCGCUACUGGGCUAAGUUAUGCUAUAUUGACUCCCAAACUGAUGGUGGAAUCCCUUCUUACUGUUUUGCUUUAAUGGUGAUGUUUUUUCUACAACAAAGAAAACCCCCUCUUCUUCCUUGCUUACUUGGAAGUUGGAUUGAAGGCUUUGACCCAAAAAGAAUGGAUGACUUUCAGCUGAAGGGCAUAGUAGAAGAGAAGUUUGUGAAGUGGGAAUAUAAUUCAAGUAGUGCAACUGAGAAAAACUCAAUUGCUGAGGAAAACAAAGCUAAGGCAGACCAACCAAAAGAUGAUACCAAGAAGACAGAAACAGACAACCAAAGUAAUGCCAUGAAGGAAAAACAUGGCAAAUCUCCUUUAACAUUGGGAACACCAAAUCAGGUAUCCCUGGGACAGUUGUGGUUAGAGCUGCUAAAAUUUUACACACUGGAUUUUGCUUUGGAAGAAUAUGUAAUAUGUGUACGGAUACAAGAUAUUUUAACAAGAGAAAACAAAAACUGGCCUAAAAGGCGAAUAGCCAUUGAAGAUCCAUUUUCAAUCAAGAGGAAUGUUGCACGGAGCUUAAACAGCCAGCUUGUUUAUGAAUAUGUUGUGGAGAGAUUCAGGGCAGCUUAUCGGUAUUUUGCCUGUCCUCAGAGGAAGGGUGGAAAUAAAUCUACAGUGGAUUCUAUGAAAAAAGAGAAGGGGAAAAUAAGCAAUAAGAAACCAGUGAAGUCUGACAAUAUGGCAUCAAAUUGUUGCAUUCUACUUGGAGAAAGCACAGAAAAAAUAAAUGCAGAAAGAGGUCAGCCCGAUAAAUAUGAUGAAAUGGAAUGUACAUCACAGAGAUGUAUUACUGAAGAUGACAGUUUGUUGGUAAAUGAACUAGAUUUGGCUGAACUUGAACAGGAAUCUUCCUGUCUUUCUACCAGUGAAGACAGUGAAUUAGAGCCAAAAUCAAAUAAGAAAGAAGAUGAUUUAGCACCUUCAGAAACUUGUUUAAAAAAGAAACUCAGCCAGUGUAAUUGCAUUGAUUAUAAAUCCCCUGACCCAGAUGAAUCUGUUGGUACAGACUGCAGGUCAAAUAUAGAAACAGAUAGUUCACAUCAGAUUGUGAGCACUGACACAUCUGCUACCUCUUGCAACUGCAAAGCUACAGAAGAUGCUUCUGACCUUAAUGAUGAUGAUAACCACCCCACCCAGGAAUUAUAUUAUGUGUUUGAUAAGUUUAUUUUAACCUCUGGCAAGCCACCAACGAUAGUAUGCAGCAUCUGCAAAAAAGAUGGCCAUUCGAAAAAUGAUUGUCCAGAGGAUUUCAGGAAAAUUGAUCUAAAACCUCUACCACCAAUGACAAAUCGAUUUCGGGAAAUACUUGAUUUAGUAUGUAAAAGAUGUUUUGAUGAGUUAUCACCACCCUUUUCUGAACAACACAACAGGGAGCAAAUUUUAAUUGGCUUGGAAAAGUUUAUUCAAAAAGAAUAUGAUGAAAAGGCAAGAUUGUGCUUAUUUGGCUCUUCUAAGAAUGGAUUUGGAUUUCGUGAUAGUGAUCUGGAUAUUUGUAUGACCCUGGAAGGCCACGAAAAUGCAGAGAAAUUAAACUGUAAAGAAAUAAUUGAAAAUUUGGCAAAAAUUCUUAAGAGACAUCCAGGUUUAAGGAACAUUUUGCCUAUAACUACUGCCAAAGUGCCUAUAGUAAAAUUUGAACAUAGACGAAGUGGUUUAGAAGGUGAUAUCAGUUUAUAUAAUACAUUGGCUCAACAUAACACAAGAAUGCUAGCUACUUAUGCAGCUAUUGAUCCUAGAGUACAGUACUUGGGAUAUACUAUGAAAGUGUUUGCAAAGCGAUGUGACAUUGGAGAUGCUUCUAGGGGAAGUUUAUCUUCAUAUGCUUAUAUCCUUAUGGUGCUGUACUUUCUGCAGCAGAGAAAACCACCUGUUAUCCCAGUUCUACAAGAGAUCUUUGAUGGAAAACAGAUUCCACAGAGAAUGGUUGAUGGAUGGAAUGCAUUUUUCUUUGAUAAAACAGAAGAACUGAAAAAACGUUUACCUUCACUUGGAAAGAACACAGAAACAUUAGGAGAGCUUUGGUUGGGACUGCUUCGCUUCUAUACUGAAGAGUUUGAUUUCAAGGAAUAUGUAAUUAGCAUUCGGCAGAAAAAGCUGUUGACAACUUUUGAGAAGCAGUGGACAUCCAAAUGCAUUGCAAUUGAAGAUCCUUUUGACUUGAAUCAUAACCUUGGUGCUGGAGUUUCUAGAAAAAUGACCAAUUUUAUCAUGAAGGCAUUUAUCAAUGGAAGGAAACUUUUUGGUACCCCCUUUUACCCACUCAUUGGCAGAGAAGCCGAGUACUUCUUUGAUUCCCGAGUAUUAACAGAUGGAGAACUGGCUCCCAAUGAUCGAUGUUGUCGUGUGUGUGGAAAAAUAGGCCACUACAUGAAAGACUGCCCUAAAAGGAGAAGCAGUUUACUGUUUAGACUAAAGAAGAAAGACAGUGAAGAAGAGAAGGAUGGGAAUGAAGAGGAGAAAGAUUCCCGAGACCUUGUUGACCCCCGAGACCUCCACGACACUCGAGAGUUUAGAGACCCCAGAGACCUCAGAUGCUUUAUAUGUGGAGAUGCAGGACAUGUACGAAGGGAGUGCCCAGAGGUCAAGCUGGCCCGUCAGAGGAAUAGCAGUGUGGCAGCAGCCCAGCUGGUCCGCAACCUUGUAAAUGCCCAGCAGGUGGCUGGUUCAGCCCAGCAACAGGGUGAUCAGUCCAUAAGGACUAGACAGUCCUCAGAAUGUUCUGAUUCACCAUCUUAUUCUCCUCAGCCCCAGCCGUUUCCACAGAACUCUUCCCAAUCAGCUGCCAUUACUCAGUCUCCAUCCCAGCCAGGAUCCCAACCCAAACUUGGCCCACCUCAGCAGGGAGCCCAGCCCCCCCAUCAGGUCCAGAUGCCUGUGUAUAACUUUCCCCAGUCACCACCAGCUCAGUAUUCUCCCAUGCACAAUAUGGGAUUGUUGCCAAUGCACCCUCUCCAGAUCCCUGCCCCAUCCUGGCCUAUCCACGGUCCAGUGAUCCACUCUGCACCAGGCAGUGCCCCCAGCAAUAUUGGCCUGAACGAUCCCAGCAUCAUCUUUGCGCAGCCUGCUGCCAGACCUGUGGCGAUCCCUAACUCCUCUCAUGAUGGACACUGGCCUCGUACUGUGGCUCCAAAUUCCCUGGUGAACAAUGGUACAGUGGGGAAUUCGGAGCCAGGCUUUCCAGGACUAAAUCCUCCAAUUCCUUGGGAACAUGCACCACGUCCCCAUUUCCCUCUUGUCCCAGCUUCGUGGCCUUAUGGUUUGCAUCAAAACUUCAUGCAUCAGGGAAAUGCCAGAUUUCAGCCCAACAAACCGUUCUAUACUCAAGCUGGUCUACCGAUGCACAGCAACCAGCCAAUCCUGCUGUCUCAAGGGUAUCCGUACCUCAAUGUCAGUUACAUUCAGCAGAAAAAGUGACAUUUAAUGGAAAGCAAAACAAAUCAGAUAUGCAUUACUUAAAUAGGAGACUACCUGGGCUUUUGCCAUAUUUUCCAGCUUGGAAGAUGCUUGAAAUCUAUUGCGGGAGGUUGAGGGCUUUCCUGCCAUAUUUGCAGUCCUGAAAAGGUAUUUAUUAAAUGUUAAGAUCAGGUGUAUUUACUGUUAGUUUUUCAUAUUAAAACUUCAUUAUUUCUCAGAAUCCUACUAAAUGAUGGAGUUCACUCAUUUGUUUUGUUAAUGAGAUAGCUGGCCCACUAUAUUUUCGUGUUAAAAUAUAGGCAUACCUCGGAAGUCUUGCAGGUUAGGUCCUAGAUCACUGCAAUAAAGUGAGUCAAACACCUAUUUUGAUUUUCCCAGUGCAUACUGAAUUCAUGUUUAUACUGUAGUUGAUUAAGUGUGCAAGAAUGUACAUCUUAAUUAAAACAUUACUUUUAUUGCUAAAAAGCUAACCAUCAGCUGAGCUUCAGUGAGUUGUAGUCUUUUUGCUGUGGAGGGUCUUGAUGUAGAUGAGUGCUGACUGAUUAGGGUGGUGGUUGCUGAAGGUUGGGGUGGUUGUGGCAAUUUCUUAAAAUAAGACACUGAAGUUUGCCACAUUGACUUUUCCUUUCACUUGAACACUUAGGGCCAUUAUAGGGUCAUAAAGUAGCCUAAUUUCAGUAUUGUGUCUCAGGGAAUAGGGAAGUCCAAGGAGAGGGAGACAGGGGAAUGGCCAGUCAGUAGAGCAAUCAGAACACACACAUUUAUUAAGUUUGCUGUCUUACAUGGGCAUGGUUUGUGGCCCCCCAAACCACGGCAUGGAUCACCGUGACAAAUAUAAAGUUUGAAAUACUGCGAGAAUUAUCAAAAUGUGAUAGAGACACAAAGUUGUCAAAUGCCAUUAGACAAAAGGUACCCAUAUACUUGCUCGAUGCAGGGUUGCCAUAAACCUUCAAUUUAUUAAAAAAAACAAACCAAAACUCAUUAUCUGUGAAGGUGCAAUAAAGUGAAGUGCAGGAGAACAAGGAAUCCUGGUAUGACUUUGAGCAUUCAGGAUUUUUUUUUUUUAAGUUAAGUGUUCAUAUAUUUAGUCUUAGAGAACAGAUGAUGAGGUGUACAGGAUGUUCAUUUUACUCUUUUGUCUAUAUUUGAAAUUUUUAUUGGAAAAAAACCUCCAACAAGAGACUGCCCCCAGCUCAGCCUUACUUUCUAAAGGAAGGCAUUUUACCACCUGGCAAAAGGUACUUUUGGGGCAAAAGUAACCUAGGUUUUAAUUAUAUGACAGUGUUCUACAUAGUAACUUACAGCAUCUCACUUGUCCCUCCUUCAGCAAUUACCUGUGCUCAAUAAAUGGCAAAACUGUACCAAGUGGAAAAACAGAAUACUGUUAGUCUGUAAUUUAUACAGUAGUAUCUCAGUUUUAGAAGUUUGCAAAUUUCUCAUAGAAGUUGUAAACUUAAAAGUUUUUGAUUGUGAAUUCAUAUUCAUUGUAGUGAUUGAAGUGCCCAAAUUAUCAAUUUUAGAGUAUACACACCACACUUAAGAUCAUAUUGUUUUGAAAUGUUUUGUAUAAUGUUUAAUGACAUGGAGAGAUUAAUAUUUUCAUUGUCAUUAAAGAUUAUUCAAAAGUAUGAAUAUUAAUGUACCAUUGGGACAUUUCUGCUUUUUUCCUCCUAUAUAAAAAAUAUGUAAAGUGAUGGGAUAAAGCUAUUUUUGUGUAUAUAACUCUAGUAUGGUGAAUUUAUAUAUUUAUAUUCAUAUAUGGGAUUAUUAGGUUAAAGGAUAAAAGUUCUAAGGUUCUUGCUAUAUAUUAUUAAAUUGCCCUCCAGGAAAGUGGUCCCAACAAACAAUAUAUAAAAUGUGUUGGUAAGCUUAUAAAAUAGCUUUAAAGUCCAAACAAUUCAUUUUUUCCCCUUGUAAAGGAUAAUUUAAAUGUGUUUAAGAAAGGAACAUUACAUUAAAGAACAAAGUAUAAAAACCACCCAAAAGUCCAUCAACCAGAAAUAAAUACUAUUAAGAGCUGAUGAACUUCAUUCAUUCUACUUCUUUUUUUUUAUUUAAGUAAUCUUUACACCCAACAUGGGAUUCAAACUCAUGACUGAGAUCAAGAGCCAUAUGCUCUUCCAACUGAGCCAGCCAGGCGUCUCUCUCCACCCCCAGCUAUCUUUCUCAAACAUACACAUACAUAUAAAGAGUUUUACAAAAGUGGGCUCAUAUUCUGUAUUUACUAAAUAUAGCAAAUUAAUUGUACUUGGAUCUAACAAAAAAAAUGUGAAAGAAACGCUCAACUUUAAAAAAAGUUUUUUCUAUGGUAGUUCUAAAAGAUUCCUCUUAAAAUUAAGGACAAUUACAGUAAACAUUAAAGAGGCUAGAGUUAUUUUUUCCUAGUUCUCAUGUAUGUUUUAAUUAGAAACCAUGUAUGACUCCUGUUAUGAAAAAUGAAAGCACACUUAACAGGUCCUCUACUUCUUGGUUAUAUAAUUUCUUACAUAGACAAUGUUCACAUAUAAGUUGAGCCCUAAAAUUAUUUCCCGUUAUUUAGUCUUUAAAAUGUUUGGUACCACUCCUUUUACUGCUUUUUUCGAAGUCCUUAAUUUGAUUUCUUGUUGGAUGAGCUUCAUUAUUAGGCAGUUUUUCCCCAAGCGAAUAGAAUGCCUAUUCUCUUUACAUUUUAAACAGCUUUGCCUAGGUGUGAAAUUCCCAUCACUAUUUUCCGCAGACCUCUAGAGCCUUUUGCUUCAUUAUGAAGUUUGCUAUGAGACCAGCCUGAUUUCCCCCCCCCAUUAUAUAGGACUUGAUUUCUCUUAGAUGUCCCUAUAAUCCUUAAUGUCAAAUUCAUUAGGAUAUUUGACUGCUCUUUAUUAUUUCAAGAAAAUUUUCUUGUAUCUGGACAUUUAAUGUACCCAAUUCAUCAGGAAUGUGAAUUAUGCAUAUGUAGGAUUUCAAUUGUUUUAUUACUUUUGUAGCUUUUAAGUUUAUUUUCCAUUUUUAUUUCCUCCAGCCUAUUUUCUCUAUGCUUUAUUUUAUACUCUAUAAGGCUUUUAUUUUUCAAAUCAUUUUCUACUAAGCUUAUUUCCCAUCUCUUACCUUUUAAUACCAUCUUUGAACUUGUAUACUUUGCCUUUUUUUUUUUUUAAGAUUUUUAUUUAUUUGACAGAGAGAACAUAACUGGGGAGCGGUAGAGGGAGAAGCAGGCUUCCCGCCUAGUAGAGAGCCCAAUGUGGGGCUCGAUGUUAGGACCCUGGGAUCAUGACCUGAGCUGAAGGCAGACGCUUAACAACUGAGCCACCCAGGCGCCCCUGAUCAUUCUUUUCUGACUAAUGCUUAUUGAACCUUAGGUCAUACAUAGGUGAAUCUAUAUAAUGGAAAUAACAGAAAGGGGCUAGGGGAAUGAGCUUUAAAUGUAAAAGUUGGGUUGUUGGGGCGCCUGGGUGGCUCAGUCAGUUAAGCGUCUGCCUUUGGCUCAGGUCGUGAUCCCAGGGUCUUGGGAUCAAGUCCUACAUCUGGCUCUCUGCUCAGCGGGGAGUCUGCUUCUCCCACU